UGUCAAAGCUUUACUAUAAACCCUAUAAUAAUUCCCCCCAAAUCCACUGGAUUAACAAUUGGAUUUUAUUUCGUUCACCGAUUUUAAUUUUUUUCGGAUAUAUCAGAAAUUCUCUCACUAAUGCCGCGGUACUACUGUGAUUAUUGUGACACUUACUUGACUCAUGAUUCUAUAUAUCAAUUAUUAUUUGGCGAUUGAAGAAAGGAUUCGACAAUAUCAGUAUCAGAUUUUUAGCUCCGGAGUGCAUUUUCUAAAUCAUCAAUGCGUUGAUCAACUGCAUUGCAAACCUUCUGUCAGAAAGCAGCAUAAUUCUGGCUACAAACAUAAGGCAAACAUAAGAUCCUACUACCAAAAGUUUGAGGAACAACAAACUCAGAUUUUGAUUGAUCAGAAGAUCAAGGAGCAUCUUGGACAGACAGUAGUAUAUCAACAGAUUGGUGCAGCUUAUAACCAACAUCUUGCUGCUUUUCCCGGAGCAAGGCCGCGCCUACCUGUCAUGCCGCCUCCUAUGUUUCCGGGACCUCCUCAGAUGGUUCCUGGUAUGAGGCCUCCAAUGCUGCCUAUACCAGUUCCUGGUGCUCCUGGUUAUGGAAAUUCUCCAAUGGUCCCAAUGCAGCCUCAGCCUGCUCCUUCGUUGCCUCCACAAUCUAGUGGGCUUCCACCUCCACCAAGUACGAGUGCGCCAUCACCAGUUCCUGGAGGAGGCCAACCCCCUAGCUCUAGCGGUGCGCCACCACCUAAUGCUACUCAAAUGUACAAUGUGAAUCCACCUGGAACUUCUGCUGCUUCUGCACCUGCUGGUGGCUAUUCUUAUCCACAGUACUCUCAAACCGGUUAAUAGUUUACUAGCCAUGAGAAUGUGCUGAGCUUAGAGGGCUGUAUUUCGAUUUCGAAUACAUAUUGCAUUGUUAACUGUCAUUGCACACGCUUGAGCUUACCUAUGAAAAGCUGCUUGUAGAAGUAUGAGAGAUGUGAAUUGGUGAGAUGGACUUUUUGUAAUUCUGUGGAGAUUUUCUUUUCUUUUAGGAGAAUUUUCAUGGUGAAAAUCUACAUGCUAGUGCUGAGGUUCUAACAAUUUGAUUUAAAAGUCUCUCAUAUGUAUGAGACAGAAAGAAAGCAAGACACUAAUUUUGGCAAAAUAUAAUUCAAUUUUCUA